AUGGGUCGCUUCAGCCCUCACCACGAGGACGACGUCGACGUCCUCGAGUACCUCGAGUUCUCCGAAUCCGAUUACGCUGGGCCGCCGGCCCUCCCCCCGCCGUCGUCGCCGCCGUCGCCGAACGACGAGUUCGACAUGGCUUUGCUGGACGCCGUGGACAGCACUUUGCUGUGGGAAAUCAACAACGACGACGCGACGACCAGAGUGGAACAACUGGUGGCGGACAACGACUACUGCGGCGGCGGCGGGUCGGGACCGCCAGCGGGGAAGACGGGUGAGCUGAUGGCGGUGUCUCCCGCGUGGGCUCCUGCGACAGGCUUGGAUUGCAGUUGCUGCCAUGUGUUGCGAGAAGUGAUUCACAGCGAUGGUCAAAAGAACAUGAAGCUUGCGCUGCAUGGAGGGCUCGGCGUCUUCUACCAUGCGAUCCUCGACGUGUAUUACAACGUCGAUGGGUUCGUGCCAGCGAUGGAACAGUCCUACAUCGAUUUAAGUGGUCAAAACCUGGAAUGGGUGAAGCAGUUCUUCCUCGACUACGGCCUGCUACGAGUGCGUGAGCGAUACGUGAUGAUGCAGGACUCGCUGUCCGCCUUUUACGAUGCUCUGUGCGUACCCAUGAGCUACGAGGAGGAGAAAGUUGUGCCAGAACCAGGGUUAUGUCAAUCCAGGCCAAGUGAACUGCACUGCACCGGUGAAGUAGGAAAGUCGAAAGCAGGAAUUGCCACACAGAGGGAGAGGACCAGGAGGCUGCACCUCAAGGAUGUGGCUAAUUACGUGCAUCUUCCCAUAACGGAGGCUGCUAAGGAGCUACAAAUAUGCCCCACAGCCCUCAAGAAAGUGUGCCGCAAGCAUGGGAUGCUUCGGUGGCCGUAUCGCAAGAUUAAGAGCAUAGACAGGACCAUCUCAAAUUUGCAGAGGGAGCUGCGUUCUGGAACUGCAGAAGGAGCUACAGAAGUUGAAGCUAGGAUCGAGAGACUUGUGGCUCAAAGAGCCAGAAUAUGUGCAGGCCUUCCACCAUAA